AUGGUCAAUCUUGUAAGACCCAAUAUGAAAGCAAUGAAGGGCCAGACUUCGGUCAAGGGUUCAAUGCAUUGGAUGAAAUAUUUAUUACGAGAUAUCAAGACCUACUUUAAAACAAUAUGGAUAUUUGUAGCGCCAAUGCUACUACUUCCCCUGGCUUUGCUUACCGGAAGAGAGGGAAGAUGUGCGUACUGUAUAUUCUUGAUCUCCUGUUACUGGGUAGCAGAAGUAGUGCCUCUAGCAGUAACGGCCCUCCUACCUGUAGUACUUAUGCCAGCGCUUAGUGUGGCACCUAUUCAGAAAAUUGCUAGAGCUUAUCUCAGUGAAACUAACAUGAUGUUUCUGAGCACUUUGAUGCUAUCAUUAGCCGUAGAAGAAUGUCAACUACAUAAAAGAUUUGCUCUUAAAAUGCUUACCCUUGUUGGAGCAAGGCCACAAUGGCUCCUAGCUGGAUUCAUGUGUAUAACUACAUUCAUAUCUUUAUGGAUAUCAGACACCGCCUGUGCUGCCUUGAUGUCACCGAUAGCGUUCGCGCUAUUAGAGUCUAUGAUGAUUCACAAAAUGACUCCUUCACAGAAUACUUCCAAAAAAACGAAUGAUUUAGAAUUGGAAGAUAGUGCAGGUCGGGAAACUAAGUACACGCCACAAAGUCUGGAAUUUUCACGAUUACCUAAAAGAGACCGGGGGAUUUGCAAAUGUUUGAUGCUCAUUGUCGCUCAUGCUUCAUUGAUUGGUGGUACUGGUACUAUCAAUUCAACUGCACCGAAUCUCAUUUUUAGAUCCACACUUUUCGAGUAUUUCCCCGGAGAAGACACCGGUAUUACCUACUUGUCAUGGAUGACUUUUGCGAUACCUCCAAUGAUAGCUUGCAUGAUGGCAUCGUGGCUGAUUGUGCAGUUGCAAUUCGUCGGACUUCACCAUGUUCUCGGGGUGUUCGCAAAACCAACAGAAGAAGAGAAAGCCGAUGAAAGACGUGUGAGAAAAACUGUGGAAACUGCAUACAGCGAACUUGGGGCGAUAACCUUUGGUGAAAUUUCGACGCUAGUCAUAUUUACGCUUACGAUCUUUUCGUGGAUAACGAGGGAUCCUAAAGUAAUCCAAGGAUGGGCAAUUUUUUUCAAACAUGGCUACGUCACGGACGCUUGCACAGGAAUAUUGGCAGUGUUUAUAUUAUUCAUAUGGCCAAGGGAAAUGCCUGAUUUUUUCUUUCUUCGACCCAAAUCAGAACGCAAUCGCUUUCCUAUAAAAAGAGAUGCAAUUCUUACUUGGGAUGCUGUAAGGCGAAGAUUUCCAUGGUCAGUCAUCUUGCUUUUGGGCUCUGGAUUCGCAGUUGCUGAAAGUGUGAAAGAAAGCGGGCUCUCUUCAUUGCUGGCCUGUCAAUUACAGUCAUUGCUUUCAAACCUUCCACAAGCAGUCAUGCAAAUCAUUAUUAGCAUCGCCGCGGUGACCAUCUCAGGGUUUACUACAAAUACGGCCACAGCUAGUAUUGUCAUACCUAUCGUAUUUGAUGUUGCGAUCAGAAUGCAAAUUCAUCCCCUUUAUCUUUCGUUGGCAGCUGCUAUUGGUCCAUCGUAUUCGUUCAUGUUUCCAAUGUCAUCUCCUCCCAAUGCUAUCGUUUACGAUACUGGUGCUGUGAGCAUGAUGGAUAUGGCUUCAAGCGGUCUCUUGUUAAACAUCGCAUGCAUCCUUAUCACGGUAGUGAAUUUGAAUACAUGGUCAUAUUGGCUGUUCUCAAUGAAUACAUAUCCUGGAUAUGCUCUACGCUACAACAGCACAUCUCGCUGCGCUUUGUGAUAAAUUUGUGAAUGAUGUUAUGAUGAUGAUGACUUCAAGCAUGAAAAUAAUAAUUCAAACAUUUUCA